UGAAGAUUGACGAAGACGUUAUAACGUUCUGACGGCGACCACUUCGCUUCUAAUUAACACAUUUCGAGCUCGUCAUCGAUCAGAUCUGCCAAACCUCUUAAUUAAUCCAGAACUGCUUUUACAGAUAUCAAGAAGAAAGGACAAAAAGAUCAUAUGGUGUAAUGGCCUCUGAGAGGGAAGAUUUUAGUCUUUCAGGGCCUUUACACCUGACUACUCUUGAUUGGACAAAUGAUAAUCAUCGAAGGUCUGUAGCAGCUUGUUUGGUUCAGGGUGUGUACAUUCUAGAGCGAGAUCGUCAGCUGCAGCGUUAUGAAUCUCAAGCUCUUGCACCUCCUUGGUGGGAGUUCUUCCACUUUCAAUUGCUCCGUCAGCUUAAAGAUGAUGCUGAUUUUUCAAUCUUUGGUGCCAUUUAUGAAUUCAAACCUCCAGCUUCAAAUUGUAACUUGUCAACAGCUGGAACACCUCGCUAUGUAAUUGCCUUUCGAGGGACCUUGACCAAACAAGACUCUUUUACACGGGAUCUUGAGUUGGACCUCCACUUAAUCCGAAAUGGACUCCACCAGACAUCUCGUUUUGAGAUUGCUAUGCAAGCUGUCAGAAACAUGGUUGCUUCUGUAGGUAAUUCAAAUGUCUGGUUGGCUGGCCAUUCCCUUGGGUCAGCUAUGGCAAUGCUUGCGGGGAAGACUAUGGCCAAGACGGGUGUUUUACUUGAAGCUUUUCUCUUUAAUCCACCAUUCCUUUCAGCCCCAAUUGAGAGGAUUAAAGAUAAGAAAGUCAAGCAUGGGCUUAGAAUAGCAGGCAGUGUUAUCACAGCUGGACUUGCUCUUGCUGUAAAUGUAAAGAAAAAUCAACAUAAUACUCGGUCUGCAACUGAGGAUCCAUUUGUUGCGCUGGCUGCUUGGGUCCCUCGUCUUUUUGUGAACCCAGCCGACCACAUCUGCUCAGAAUAUGUUGGAUAUUUUGAACAUAGGAAGAAGAUGGAGGAGAUUGGAGCAGGAGGUAUUGAAAGGUUGGCAACUAAACACUCCCUUGGGGGUCUAUUUAUGAAUGCAAUGGGAAAGGAGUCAGAACCUCUACACCUCAUUGCAUCAGCAAAUCUGACAGUUAAUGCAACUCCUUCACGAGAUUUCAAACAGGCUCAUGGAAUUCACCAGUGGUGGAAAUCUGAUCUGCACUUGCAGUCCAAGUUUUACACAUACAAAUAGUUUUGGUGAGUUUUUGCAAUUCCUUGUCCUGAUUUAUCUUGUAUAUGCCAUUUGUAGAAUACUUAAUCAUUGUCGAAUGGACUAUGGAACUUAGAUCCCUGGCUUUUAAGUUGAAUCUUCAGCCAAUUGUUAGUACACAGUUGACAGGUCUCUUGUAUUUGAGAUUUGUCCUUUGUACACAAGUCAAUGUUAAAAAAAAAAAAAAAAAAA